UAUAGUUUUGUUGUGAGCGAAAUGCGAAUGUGCUGCUGCUGCUGAAUUGAUAUUUGAUAUUUGCUAGAGCUUUCGGUUUUGCACAACACAACUAUACGUGUUUAACUGCGAAUACCCAAUAAAUUGCGCUUUGGGUGAAUCUCUGUAACUGGUUCAUUAUAUUUGAAAGAUCUUUUUCUCAUUUUUAUACUUAGUGUUUGUAAAAUGUCUCUUUUCGGAUCUUUGAUGGCGGACGUUGAGGACGAUCCAUUUUUCGGAUCGCACAUGCGUCAUAUGCGCCAGAUGAGCAACAUGAUGAACUCUUUAUUCUCUGACCCGUUUGGCAUGCUCGGCGAGGGGCCACUGUCCAUCAUGGGGCCGCGGCACGGUAGUGCUUUGAUGCCCUUCAUGCCCCAGAUGCCGUCACUGAAUCGAUUGUUUGCAGCUGAUUUAUCGGAUGGCAACAUGGGGCCUGGCACCUCAUUUAGCAGCAGCACUGUUGUCAUGUCCAGUGGACCAAACGGAAAACCACAGGUGUACAGUUCAUCAAGCAGCACAAAGAUCGGACCCAAUGGAGUGAAGGAGACGCGCAAAACUCUUCAGGACUCUCGCACCGGUGUCAAGAAAAUGUCUAUUGGUCACCACAUCGGUGAGCGGGCGCACGUGAUCGAGCGCGAGCAGAACGUGUACUCGGGCGACGCGGAGGAGCGGCAGGAGUUCAUCAAGAGUUCCACGAGCGCGCCGCUCGCGGUGGCGGCGGGCGUGGCGCGCGCGCCAUCACGUCGGGUGCGCACGCGCAGCACCACCCGCACGCGCACCCGCACGCGCACGCGCCGCGCCACGAGCCGCGCCUCGCGCUGCCCGCGCCGCCCGCCGCCACCGAGGACACGAGACGCAACCGGCCCACCGCGCGCCGCCCGCUGCGCGCCGCCGCCAGCCCGCUCGCCACUUCCUCCAGUUCCAGAUAUCGGAGGAGGCGUUACUACUAAUGUUAUGUCCGGUGUCCGCGAAGUGUACGGCAGCUCGCACCCGCAGAGACACAGGCACAGGCACCACAAGGCGCACCGACACUCGCCCGCCGAAAACUAAACACCCGACACUGACACUUGACAUUGACAUUGACAUUGACAGCGAUGACGUGACCAUAGAUAAUUGUAGACGAAUAUUCCUGUAGUCUUGUAAAUGCUGGCUGGUACGAUUUAUGUGGAAUUCAAAAUUUAAAUUUGACGAUUUUCUUUUUCUUUUUUUUUUCAAAUUAAUUGACGGCUCACCCUCCUUUUUCAUCAUUUUUUCACGGUUUCAAUUGGUAGUUGUAUAUAUUUUUGACAAAAGCAUAAUAACUUGUUAUCGCUCUGUUAAUUUUUGUCUUUCCGUGGUGGUAGCUAUGUCGUUGCUAAAUGUUUUUUUCCAUUUCAUUUAGAAUAAAAUUGAUUCUAUUGAAACAUCUUUCUGUUUUCAAGCUAAUCCUUAUUCCAUGUUGUAUCGCCUGUUCUUAUUUACGUUGUAUCAUUAGAAUGUAUUAAUUAUAAAUAAGUAUAUUAAUUAUAGUGGUAUUGUAUUUAGAAUAUUUAUUUCCGAUAUAUAAAUUCGAUCUGAUAUGUAAUAAGUUCGCUGUAAUAUUAAUUAAAAUAAUGACAUGUUUAUACUUUAUUCUUCACUUUUUUUUAAUUUUAACAAUUAUAAGAUUUCUGAAGAUUAAAAAAAAUAGGCAUUCGAUUUCUCUAUAUAACGAAAAAAUACGAAAUUAAAUGGAAAUGUAAUAAUUUGUUUCUUUGAUUUUCACAUGAUGUUUAAAUAGAGGAAUAGUUAUUUUUGAUUCAUUAUAUUUGUUAUGUAACGUAAAUAAAUAGAAAUUAUUAGAUUUCGCUUAUUUAAAUAUAAGGAAAGUCUAUACCUAUAUGAAUUUUUAUUUAAAUUUGUAUGUAUUAAAUGGCCUCUAUCUCGUAAAUAGGACUGGAUUAAAUACCUCAUUUCAAAGUUAAUUUCAACCUUAUUUAUUUGCGUUUAAGUUUUUUUACUUUACACACUUCCAUAAUCAUAAAUCACUCUGUAAUAUAAGUAUUUAAGGUUAGAUAUUAAAAAAAAAAUACGACAAUUUGUCCCUUUCUCGCUAAUUAUAAAUUAUACAGGAGUGAGGGGGUCAUUAAAUAGGUCACUGUGGGUAAUAGAAUUCGUUAUAAUUCACAAACCUAAUGUUAAAUUGUUCUAUGUUUUGUCUACCUCCCUCUAUAAAUGACACGAGUGUGAGAGAGACAAAGUAUUCUAGUAUCGAUUAAAUAUUUUUUUAAAUAAGACUAGUUUUUAGUGCAACUCCGCAUUGUAUGUAAUAAACAUUAGUGACAGAUAGCUUUUGUAAGAAUGGCACAAAGUAGGUGCUGGUCGCUUAAAUCAUUGUUUUUAUUGUCACACGUUAAAAUGCGGUUAUUUGACAAUGGCAGCAUUGAUGUGUUUGUCAUUACGAUAAAAGCUGAGAUAAAACCAAGGCUCAUUGUUGCAAAUUUAUUGGGAAAAAGCGUAGUUGUGCGAAAUAUAUCUUGCAUCAUAGCAUCUUAGUGUUAAAUAUCGUUUCAUCUUGAUGUUUUAGCUCCUUUUAAAGCGCUUCUUAUUAAUGAUAUAACAAUUGGGUUGAAGUGUGUAGGUUAACAGAAUAAAUGAUACAGAAAUGUAUCUGACUCGAAUGAUGUAUUAACCUGCCUUAGAUUCCUACAGUCUUCAGUCAAUGUUAAACAAUUUAAUUGCAAUAAUAUAUCUUGGUAUUAAAUUGAUAUGGAUGACAUAGAAAAUGUAAUAAAAAAGUUACGGAUUGUUUAGUGUUUCAAAUUUAAGAAUGGUCAGCGCUGUGAAAUAUAUGAGUACACGUUAUAAAUCCACCGCAUUAUUCUUAAUACAAUAGGUAUAGGACUUAAAAUUGCUUCUCUGCAACACAUGCAUGUAUGUAGUCGAAUAUAUCCUUUUCUAGAAAUUGUACAAUUAUUCGAAUUUUUCUUUAUUUAAAAACGUAAACAGAAAAAAAACUAUGCUCAAUUGUUCAUAAAAUUGAAAUACUAAAAGUUCCAUAUUCAAACUUGCCGCUAAUUUUGACAGAUACAGCAAUCUGUCUCUUUCCGAUCAGGUGGCUAUUUAAAUAUCUUUUUGUGUAAUAUUGAUGUUAGAUUAAGGAACCAAUGUCAUUCGUGUGAUCCAUAGAAAUAAAUUAGUGAAUAUUG